AUGCAGAAGGCACCAGAGGAACCCAAGCUGCCCAAGACGAAGCAGGAGAAGGACAAGGGUGGCCGCCUCAUUGUGAUUCUGGAGAAUGCAUCGCUCGAGACGGUGAAGGUGGGUAACAACUAUGAACUGCUGGAAGGUGAUGAACACAAGAGCUUCAUGAAGAAGAGGAAGCGCGAGGACCAGGAAGCCCGCCCGGACAUUGUGCACCAGUGCCUGCUGACGCUCCUGGACAGCCCGCUGAACAAGGCCGGCAAGCUGCAGGUCUACAUUCACACUUCCACCAACGUCCUCAUUGAGGUCAACCCGCGCACCCGUAUCCCCCGCACAUACAAGCGCUUCGCCCCGCUCAUGAUUCAACUGCUGCACAAGCUCAGCAUCCGAGCCACGCAAGGCCCGGAGAGGCUGCUGCAGGUCAUCAAGAACCCGAUCACGGAUCAUCUGCCCACCGGAGCUCCCAAGCUCGGUGCUGAGUACGACGCACCGACUUGCCAGCCCCUGUACGAGAUUGUGAAGACACUUCCCGAUGACCUCCCCGUGGUGUUCGUUGUGGGUGCCAUGGCUCAUGGAUCGGUGGAAGUCGACUACGUGGAGCGCAAUGUCUCCUUCUCCGAGUACCCGCUUUCGGCUUCUGUGGCGUGCGGCAAGAUUUGUGACGCCUUUGAGAUGAAGUAUGGCGUUCUAUAA